AACGGAGGGAGAUUCAUACAGAAGCUACAGAGUGAGAGRGAGGGAAGGGAGCCAGCGCAGAGGAGAAGCAGAGGCAGUGGAUGGGAGAGGAGAAGAGGAGAGGCAUUGACUGGAAGCGUACACAUGGACGAGAAGAAACGGCUAUUUCAUGUGCUCAGCACGCAAGGCUGAGUGGAUCGUUGGGUCMUCUGCUGCUUCCCAGUUAGAGGACAUCCAAAGGCACACUGGGAAUCCAGAGCUGUGGGCAAACGAUGAACAGGCGAUGUGAGCUCUCUGGCUGUGACUGCCGUCCUCAGACCUCGUAGCCUCUUGUGCUGGUGCUGUUGCAGGCCGUUAGCCCUGCACUUGAUACAGAAUGAGCUCCAAGCACUCCUCCGACUGGAUUCCGUACAGCACUUUAGACGAUGAGGGCACAAACCUCCGACAGCAGAAACUGGACAGACAGCGAGCACUCCUUGAACAAAAACAGAAGAAGAAGAGGCAAGAGCCUCUGAUGGUCCAGUCUAAUGUGGACGGGAGAUCUCGGACUCGUCGGACCAAACAAAGUGAAGAACAGGCUCCACUGGUGGAAUCGUACCUCAGCAGCAACAGCAGCACCAUCUAUCACGUGCAAGAAGCUGAACGGGAGGAGGUGAAGGUGGUAGCGGACGCUCAGCUGCCUCGCUCAGCUAAAAAAGGCAAAGCAUCGGCCAGCUCCACUCCACAGACGGGCAGCGACAAGAAGGAGAGGAAGGGGAAGCACAAAGCAUCGACCGACGGCCCGGCUGCCCAGCAGGAUGAUGGRCAGAUCCAGAUCCUGACAGUGGGACAUCAGACUACAGAGGAGGGCGAGUCAGAGCCAGUCAUGAGCUGCACUCAGUCCCAGAGUAAACAGGACCUGCGUGUCACCAUGCUAAAGAAAGGUAUAUCCAGUAGUAUGAACUUUGAUGAAGAAGAGGAUGAUGACGAUGAAGUUAGCUCCAGUUCUUCACAGCUAAACAGCAACACGAGGCCUGGCUCUGCCACCAGCAAGAAAUCGUGCAAGGACGUGGCGUCAGCACCCACUCCGCCUGCUUGCGAACCUGCCAUCGAUGUGGAGGAUUUAGAGGAGUUUUCGCUGCGACCCGCGCCACAGGGGGUCCGAGUGAAAUGCCGGAUCACCAGAGACAAAAAGGGCAUGGACAGAGGAAUGUAUCCCACCUACUACCUUCACCUGGAGAGGGAGGACGGCAAGAAGGUGUUCCUGUUAGCUGGCAGGAAGAGGAAAAAGAGUAAAACUUCCAAUUACCUCAUCUCCAUCGAUCCCACUGAUCUGUCUCGCGGUGGAGAGAGUUUCAUCGGUAAACUGAGGUCAAAUCUCAUGGGAACCAAGUUUACUGUUUAUGACAACGGUCUGAAUCCCAUGAAGAGCACCUCAAGCCUAGAAGCUAGCAAUCUGCGUCAAGAGCUAGCAGCUAUCUGCUAUGUUAUGGUUUUGGUUAUUGGAAGAAAACAAGCACAAACAUUGUACUUGCAAAGUCAAAGGAAAUUGUCUUGAUACCUAUUGUCUUUUUGUACUGUAAAGGCGUUAUAAAAACCAACACUGUUUCUUUAUGUAGUAAAUAUAUAAAUUUAACAUUUGCUUAUYUGUAAACUCUAACAGUCACACAUGUUUUAACAGCUCACUGGACACACUCACAUAAGCAUGAAGAUGUCUUACGCAGUUGGUAAAUCCAAAAUAUCUUCCUCAUCAUAGCAUUUUAUUUUUUUAUUUCAAUAUUUAUAACAUGGUAAUUUAGUUGUUUUUUUUUUUUAAUCAUUUAUAACAUUUUUAYCAGUGUUGACUUCAUGGUGCUUCAUGAAUUAGCAUCGCAAGAAAAUCCUUCGCUUCCAUCAUGUAUCAAUUAAAGACUUAGUCAUGAAAAAUGUAAGCGCAUGUUAUGCAGUGUUGCGUAACUCAAAAGAUAUAAUGUUUUAUAUGUGAAUGUGAAGGAAGACGGUGCACUAUACUGUGAAAUUAUAAUGAAUUAGAUACUGUACUUUUAACAUCCUUUCUUGUGCCUUUUUAAGAUUAAUUCCAGUGUUAAAUUUGAGCUACUCUACYUUUCCUGCUGUCUGUACAUUCACUGGAAAUAAUUCUCCAAAUUGAAAUCCAGCCUGUCUAAGGCGUAUCAUUUAGGCUGAUUAAAUACCCUGGUUUGCUAAACAUKCUGGAUCUAUUAUUCUGAAUUGAUAUAAUUGGAUAUCCUUUCAUCUGCAUUUUAAAAUUAUAUUUAAUGACCUACAACACAGUGCCCUUUCCGAGAUGUGGAAUCAUCCAUCAAUGRAUUAAUUUUCUUUACUCAGUUCUUCUUUCCAUGUCACUCACUCAAAGCUGGUGUCCAUGUCCAGCAGUCAGWGUGUGAGAGGCGGGGGACAUCACAAUGACACAUAGAGACAAACAAGACAAACACCCAUCCACACUCACUUAACAUGCAUGUUUUUCUCUGUGGGAGAAAACCGAAGGACCCGGUGAAACCCCACACAUGCACAGGGAUGUUAUCAUUACUCCAAAAUUAAUUUACAACUGAACACAGAUUCACUCACUGCCAACUAAGAUGUUUCAACCCARUUUUUAUUUGAACACUUAUUCCUUUUCCUUUACAUUUUUGGUUCACUUUAUUUCCCACUGAGGUACAGACUGAUACAUUCCUCAUCUGAGCAGCAGUUAAUCUCUAUGUUCUUCACAUUUUUACUCAAUGUUCCUCUAAUUGCUUCUUAUGGAGCAAUAUUUUUUUCUCAAAUAAACAGCAGUAGAUUUUAUAUUUGAUGAUGUUUAAAAAAUGCUGAAUGACAGCAAAGAACAAUCUCUGAUACAGCUUAUUGUUACUGUGGGUUCUGAGAGAAACCUUUAGCAAAUGCGCUAUUCUUGUACUCAAUUGUGUUGUAACUAUUGUAAAUUUCUAUUUCCAAAUUGUUGAUACUCUUGCUGUAAACGUCUGCUUUUCUUACGUGUCCACAUGUGAACCAAAGGUUCUUUCACUUUCUGUUUUUCAGUGCUCUCAUCAUAUCGUACAGUAAAUAGUGUGCAGUUUACUCUAGUGAUAUUGACACAGUCUUUUGUUCUUGGAGAAAAAUAAACUUACAGAAAGUCAGACUAUAUAUAACGUAA